CAGCGAUGCGCUGAGGAAUGACCACGGCUUCAUUUGCUGCCAUGAUGAUCCGGACGCAGUGAGCGCUGAAGCUGCGUCCACAGUACGACCACAGUCUGACUUCAGGCUGGCAGCGCGUCGCUCACACGACCUCAGAACCAGCUCAGCUCUCUCAGCCUCUGGUCAUGGCUCGCUGCAGGAGUUACUUGCGAGGACUCGCCGUCUGUGUCACUGUGCUGCUGCUGGUGUCUGGUGUGGUGAUGAUUGGUGUCGGAUUCUCCUCCAUCGAAGGCAACAUACCAGUUGCUAAGCUGUUCGAGCAGCUGUCCAUUAGCGAUGGUUUACUGGUGCUGCAGGUGUUUGGGCCCAUCACAGUCAUUCUGUCGGUUGUGGGCGUCUGUGCUGCGUCUCUGGAUCUCAAACCUCUGCUGCUGGUGAAAACUGCUGAGACCUCGCCUGCAGAUCAGUUUUCCGUCCUGAUCUUUGUGGAGUUCGUGGCUCUGAUGGUCGUUGCGUCUCCACUGGUUCAGGUUCAAGCUCAGCUCGACAGCGCCGUGGAGGAGGUGUUCCUCAACGUGACCCCCCUCCACAAAGCAGAGCCGUACAUUCAGAGGGAGCUGAACAAACUCCAGGCCUCGGACGCUUGCUGUGGUUUGAGAACAUUUGAAGACUGGGCAAAUUUCCUUCCUGUCUCCUGUUUCUGCACACUUCCUGUCUCUGCCUCUGACCGGCAGCCGAGUCCUGGAGCCGAUAACUCCAGCUCAGAAGCACCUUGUGCCAAUCACCCGAACCAAACUACUGAACCGCGGGUUCACUCCAAGCCCUGCGGCCCCAUCCUGAAGACGUACCUGAGCUUCCCCAUCAAACUCAGGAUAGGAAUCAUUUCAGCUGUAGCUACUAUAACGAUGGCGGCCAUCGCUCUGUGUCUGACGCUGGGCCUGGAGAACUACUGGAAGACGCCUCCAGUUGAAACCACAGUGGACGACUUCAACAGAGUGAAAUAUGAGCCUAAACCCAGCCUCACCUGACCCCGAUCACUUAUUUUAUGAUUAUGUCGAGUACUCACAUC